GACAACUUGAGUAUGGUUCGUCUUCAUCAAGCUUAUGAAGAUGCCUGGCUGCCAGCCCUGCGUUUUUUUUCUUCUUUUUUCUUCAGUGAUACCAGAAAUGCUGUUUCUAACUUUCUUUUGGACACUACCCAGUUGUACAGAUAGUUUUGAAGUGACCACACCCUCCAGGCAUGUGGUGGCCAUUCGGGAGAGAGCCGUGAUGCUGGGAUGCAGCUUCUCCCCGGACCGCUCCUCUGGGCUGAAGCACCUGGUCAUCGCAUGGCAGAGGGCUGAAGACUCCCAGGUGGUUCACAGCUUCUACUAUGGUGCAGACCAGCUGGACAAGCAGAGCCAUCAGUACAGGAACAGGACGGUCCUUUUUGUGUCGGAGCUGGAGGCUGGGAACGCGUCCCUGAUGAUAUCUGGAGUGAGACUGGGGGAUGCAGGGCUCUACCUGUGUGCUGUGAGCACCCUGCAGGGAGCACACAGCGCUACGGUCCAGGUGGAUUAUGCAGCAUUGUACUCCGAGCCUAGAUUGAGUAUCCAGGUGAACUGGACCAGCGUCAGUGUUGUGUAUGAGACGGAAGGCUAUCCAGAGGCACAAGUGCAGUGGGAGGAUUCUGCAGGCCAGCAGCUUGUCCACCAGACCCAGGUGUCUACCCUGCAGGAGGGGCUUGUCUUCCUGAGGACACAGAUUGUGCCACUGGACAAUAGCAAAAACACAUUCAACCUCACCUUCAUUCUGAAAAACCAGAAUAUCAAGCAAAUCCUGAAACGAGUAGUAAUCUUAAACCAUGCACCUUGCCCAGAAAGAGGAAGCCACAAGAAGGCAGUCAUAACACUGUCUGUUGGAUGUGCAGUCCUCUGUGUGGUGGUCCUUGGAAUGUGCAUACAGAAGAAAAGAACCGUUCGCAAUCUAACCUGACUGAUCCUGUCAGGCCCUCUUCAACAAAGGUCCAGCAGCCAGACUACGGCUAACUGAUGUUCAGCCCAUGUUCCAAGAAUACAGAUAAAAUCAGUGAAAGGUGAAGUAAUCCAAAACCUAUACAGAUGAAACUAGACAAGGUGCAAACCUGUAGACAAAGUGCCCUUUCCCAUGACAUAACCAAACCCAGGGAAUGACUGAACAGUAUGUUUAUCUACAUGUUUCAAUAAUCAAACAAACUGACACUGCACUAAAAUGAUGAAAUGGGUAAAAUGCAUUUGAAUCAAAUAUGUAAUUUAUUUACAUUUGAUUAAAAAAAAUGAUAAGCACGGCCUAGAUUAUUUAAAUAAUAAAUUAACUACCACCUGAAAAUACCUUUCUUGAGACUAUUUAGAAAAUAUGAUGGGUACCAAUAUCCUGGAUAGGUUUUACAAUUGAUUGGUUUAGUGUUUCCAUCUGACAAAAGAUUACAGGGGUGGGAGUAUAAUGAUCCCCUUGGGUCUUCACUUUCAUAACCAUUCCAGAAAACUUGUGCACACAAUUACUCUCCCAAACCUUUGUUUGCUUGGUGUUCAUAGAUGCCUCUUUGACAAUUAAAAUUAAGUUAGCUCAACUUCU